CAGGGCUUUUUCAGCAUGAUGGAGUUGCCAUUUGUUGACUUUGAUGCUCAUGAGCAGAAUGCGGACAUCGCCAGUGUCAAAGAAUUCCUCCUGCAAGCUCGCCGAGUUCUAUGCAGUGAGUCUGUUUCUGAUGAAAUGAAGAAGAAUAUCUUUGAUGUAUCCAUGGAAUGUAUCGGCAACGUGAAACAAUAUUACAAGGCUAAACACAAGGAAGUGUUGUUGGAAAAAGCAGAUGCAGAGUUGAACGAAAAGCUACAUCAUGUCGAGAACGAACUCGUUGCAAAAGAAGCUGCCGUAAAGGAACUGCGCUCUUUGAUCGAAGAGAAGAAGUUAAGGAUAAGGAUGUCUCAGAUGAAUAUUGAAAGAUCAAGGGACAGAGUUAAAGAUCUGCUUCGUCAGCGGAAUGAGUUAGAGGAGCAAAAUAAGCUGUUAAAAGAGCAGGCCGAGCGAAAUAAUGCGGCGUGGACGUCAUCCCUGAGAAUUGCAUGCGAACAGAGAGAUCGUUUGAACAGACUGAUGGAGCAGUCGCCACGUAUAGCUAAACAGAACAAUGAACGAGAUGCUGUGAAUGCGCUGGCCAAGCGUCUGGAAGAAUUACAGAUGGAGAAAGCUCAGCUCCAGGAAACGGAAGGUCGAUUGAGGAAAGAAUUGGAGCUUCAAACGGCUACUCCGCUCCGGGUUUUUAUGGUAAACUUUGCAAAAAUAACUCUGCGCACCAUGGAAAUGCAGGAAAAAUUGAAAGAAGCAAAGAAAAUCUAUGCAGAGCUGAAGGCUGAGGAAGCUGAAAAACGUAAGAAAUCUGGCGAAUUUGAUGUGUUUGAUGCGUCAUUCAUGUCUCAAGAUAUAUCGAUGAGAAAGGUACCUGAUAUUGCGCCGAUGGAAAUGCCAAAAAAGCUUCCAACAUUACAUGAAAUGGCAGAAGAUGAAUCGGCAACUAGUGAAUCCCACAACUCUUCGGCUGUUGAACCUCCUCGUGCUAGCAGUCAAGACCUGAUUUCUGCUCGUACAGAAGCUGUCAAAAAUUAUGUGGAACAGCAGUCAGAAUCUGUUGCUAGUGGAUUUGCUGGGAAUAUGGGCGACAGUGAUACGGGUGAGAGAGACGGUGAGGAAUGUUUAAUGUUGUGCAGUCGGGAGCCAAACUCUGAUUCGCCCGAAAUGGAUGUCGAGGUUAUUAGCAAUGAUGAGCAAAACUGCGAGAUGCCAGUUGAUGCUGAAAAUAUGGAUGAGACGGUGGAUGAGAAUGAAGGGGCACAGAAUCAGGAAGGCGGAGAUGAUUUUUCGGAUGACGACUCAGCUAAUGUCACCAUGGAAGAAGGCAACAUCAGCGUUACCAUGGAAGAGGAUGUUGAUAAGGUGGCAGAAGUUGCUGGAGACCGUUUCGUAGCUACGCAAGAUGCGCCAACACCUUCAAUGGAAAAAGCAAGGAUGUCUCAAGAAAGCCGUUCUUCUCAGAUAUUGACACAGGAAGUAGGAUCACAAAGGAUGAGCCAAGGAAGUGUUUGUGCGUCUCAGAGAUCUCAGCCAAACACACCUGUUCCACAACGACAAGCUAGCGAAUAUAACAAAGUAGCGGCCAAUAUGCAGACUCCGUCGUCACGGAAAGCGAAAGAUACUGGGAAGUCUACGAAUGAACUUGUCGGCGGAGAAUCUUCACCCAUCCAAGAAGACAUCCCAUUUAGUUUGAGCGAGGAUCCUGAAAAAGACGUUUUUGAUCCCACUGCUGCUCUGAAUAUUAGCGCAAAUAGCAAUGACCCAGGCGCUGAUUUUCUGUCACUGAUGGAGACCACGAAUGAGAAAAAAGCAAAAAGUGGACGUAAUCGUGCUUCGCCAGAUGGUGAUUUCUCUUUCUCUAUCUUUGGCGCUGCAGCUGAAGGAGGAGCUGCAUCAAGUGGCUCUGGUGAUGGUGAAUUUGCUUUCGACUUCGGGAAUCCUACACAGGAUGGUGAUGGAGCCGAUGAUGGUGGUUUUCAGUUCAACUUUGGAGCAUCUGAGGAGCAAGGAAAUGACAAGGAUGAGGGGUUCAACCUUUUCGGCUUUUGAAAUUAUUGAAAAAGCCACUGGUCUGUAAAUUUAUUGUUAUCCUAAUGUUAUUUGUGUUGGUGUUGGUUUUCACUAACCUCAGGGUCAGGUAUAUUUGCUAAUGCAUCAUGCUCCAAAUAUUAGGUUGGUCCG